CCGUCUCUCAGACUUCAGUGCCAUGUAUUAACCGACGUGAGCCGCACACGAUACGUCCUAGUGGUAUCGUUUAUUCAAAACAUUUUUAUUUUUUGAAUUGGUUUUACUUUUUUUUUUUUACUCGAAAUAUUUUCAAUAAUAUAGUUUUUCGUCGUCCCGUAGAAAAUAUAAUACACCCCCCAUUCAUGUUUUCUCGUUUUUCGUUUAACAAUAUUUCUAAUUUUUAAUAUAACCGUUAAACUUAUUUGGCUUAGUUAGUAUAUUAUAAUAAAAUAUAACCGUCUUAAUAUUGUCUUUUCCCACGACGACUGGCGAUACGAGUUUUCGUCUUCGUCUCUUUUGGAUUGGCUAAACGAACCAUUUGGCUUGGCCGCCAAAUGUCGAAGAAAACACCCGAAAAAAAGGCGGCCGCGUGCAAAGGACCACCGGACGGCGGAUGGGGCUGGUUUGUGGUGUUCGGUUCAUUCAUGAUACACAUCGUCACCGACGGCGUGACGUACUCGUUUGGUGUUUUGUAUACCGAAUUCCUUACUGUGUUCAAUGGAAGUAAAGGCGCCACUGCAUGGGUAGCUUCUCUUCUGGUCGGAGUCACGUUGUGCUCAGGGCCAAUUGCCAGUGUCUUUGUCAAUAAGUACGGAUGCCGAGCGGUAACCAUCGCCGGAGCGUUGUUGGCCAGCGUUUGUUUGUUUUCGAGCGUGUACGCCACCAACCUGUUCACUCUGUACCUCACCAUCGGAAUUGGAACCGGGCUGGGAUUCGGCAUGAUCUACCUACCAGCAAUCGUGAGCGUCACGUGCUACUUCGAGAAGUACCGGUCGCUGGCCACCGGCAUCGCCGUUUGCGGUUCGGGUCUGGGCACGUUCAUCUUCGCGCCGCUUGUCGACUAUCUGGUGAUCGGCUACGGCUGGAAAGUAACCGUAAUGAUCAUCGCCUGCCUGGUGUCGCUGUGCGCCUUUUUCGGGAUGUUGUUCCGACCACUGGCUGCCGAGGAGGUGCCCAGCGAGAACGCCACGGUGGUACUCAACAUCAUCGAACCCGAGUGUCAUCCGCUGAACAGUAGUCUGCAGUCGUUUGACGAGGCGCCCCCCAGGUACGACGAUCGCAAGAUAUCGCAGAACAUCAAACUGUCAAACGAGGUGAACACCAACACGUUCGGCAACGACCUGGACAAGAGGUCGCCCAUGUCCAGGUUCACCCUGAGCCAGCCGGAGUUGAUAGUGUCCGGCGGAUACGCUGGUUCCAACAACCAUUUGAACUUGGCCCGCAACGAUGUGUGUUAUGCCAGUCAAACGUUGAAGCCCAUGUCCAACGGCAUCAUGUACCAGAAGGACAUAUUCUACAGCGGAAGCAUCAAGAACUUGUCGGAGAACCGCAGGAGGAGGUGCUUGUCGUUUGUACACAAUUAUCUUAGAGGUCGUUCGCGGGCACUACCAAAAACAACGGUAUCACAGUCGACCACCAUCGGCAUGCACACGGAUCACUGCACCCCUUUUGAAAAUGAAAAAUCAUCGGCCAUCAUGUGUUGUUCCUCUGAAGCCAAAGACACAAUCAAGCAACUGCUCGACUUUUCCUUAUUGAAAGAUCCCAUUUUCAUUAUGUACACCGUCUCCAAUUUCUUGACCAGCAUCGGUUUCAAUAUACCGUACUUGUAUCUUGUGCCUCAAGCAAAAGUUAUGGGCAUCGACAAUACCCAUUCCAGUUACCUUUUGUCGCUGUUGGGUGCGGCCAACACGUUGGGCAGGAUCGUCCUGGGAUUCAUAUCAGACAAACCGUCCAUCAAUAGGUUAAUGGUGUACAAUUUGUGCUUGACCAUUUGCGGUAUCGCGACCAUGUUGGCCACCUACUGCACGGACCUGUUCACGUUUUCGUUGUAUACUAUCGUAUUCGGUUCGACCAUCGGAGCUUAUGUGGGUCUCACCUCGGUCAUUUUGGUCGACCUGCUGGGUCUCGACAAACUGACCAACGCUUUUGGAGUCUUGCUGCUGUUCCAAGGGCUCGCCUCCCUGGUCGGACCUCCUCUUGCGGGUUGGUUGUACGACUGGCUGCAAUCGUACAAUCCGGCGUUUUACUUGUCCGGCGCCAACAUCGCCAUAAGUGGUCUCAUGCUGUUUGCGAUACCUUAUGUACAACGGAGAUACAAACAAAAGGAAAUUGAAAAAAUGACUGCUGUGAAUUAGAAGAUUAGUCGAUAUUACUGGCAUGUAUUUUUGUUGCAAAUAAUGUAAAAAAAAAAAAAUGGCUAACUGUGGUAACGUUAGCAAACCAUUAAAAAUAUACCUUAAUUAAUUUAAAAAAAAAAAAACAACACCUAUGUUACGCUACUACAAAUGUUAUAUUUUUAUCUUGAUAUUUUUUUAUUAACUGUUUUAACCAGCAAAUGUGACUCAUUCCCUCCGUGUAAAUCGUUGCUCAAGUUAUGCCACGGUUUGGAAAUAAUUAUAAAUAUUACCAUUAAUUUACAACUAUUUUCUUGUAUAUAAAAAUACAUACACAUUUAUAUAUUUUUUUAAGAAACAAUAGCUCUGGAAUUUUUAUAGAAGUUAAAAUUUUAUGUUAUGUGUCGAGAACCUCGUUAUAGUUUUAUAUAUAAAAAAAAUUAAUUCUUAUGAAAACUUUUAUCUACUAAUACAAUUAGUAGAUGGCUGUUAAGGUAAUUAAUUUAAGACUUGUAUUCCUUUUUUUUAAGUAUACAUAAUAUAUAAAUUAUUUAUUUUUUAUAAUUAAUAAAAAACGUGUUACAUAAUUUACAAGGGUCUAUUAUAUGAGUGUAUAUAUAUUUCAGUUAUUAUUAUUGUUAUGUUAUAAUAUAUUUUUAUACACGUAAUAAUGGUCAAGAGUAUUAAAAAAAAAAAAAAUUAUUUAUUGUUUGACAAACAAUGCUAAAGUUUUUGCGGGUUGUUAUCAAACGACGAUUGUAAGACUUCUGUAGUAUUAUCUGAUUUAUUGAAAAAUUAUUUUUGAUAUUGAUUGGUAUCAUAUUGCUUUUAGAGUAUUUAAAAAAAAAUAAUAAGAAAUUAAAUUGAUACUUAAGUUACUUUUUAUUAUAAUUAUAUUACUUUGUUACGAGAUUAAAAUAUAUUAUUAAUUUAAAUACAACUAUUAUUUGUUUGCAAACUGUCACUAUUUUUGAUAAAUAAAAUAUUUAGUUUUAUGUUAUUUUGAAUAAUUAAGCAGAAAAUUUUGACACAGAAUAUUCUAAAAUAGUUUCAAACUUUAGAUGAUAUAACUACUUAUUUGUACACUUUUUUUUGAAACGACUAUUGUGAAGUAAAUUAUAUUGUGAUUGAUGUGAUUUUGAACGAUGCUAUCUGUAAUUAUUUUAAAGGAAAAAAAACUAUUUUAUUAUGAAUUGUACGCAACAAACUAUCGGUUGAACGCGUUGCUUAGUUUUUUAUGUGUACAUUUUUUAUAACACACUAUGUUAAAUCAAAAAAAAAAAAAAAAAUACUGUGGCCAAUUAAUUAAUUUUAAGUAUUACCUAUGUAUCUAAGGAAUUUAUUGUUACCUUUUAGACACUAUAAUGCAGGAAUAUUUUUAAUAAAUAUGCUAUUGAUGCA